AUGGUGAAAGGAGAUCAGUCUGCUUUCUUACCUUUCAAGUAUGCACAGAUUAGAAUUAUCACGUUCAAUGAUGAUUUCUUCUCAGAUCUCAGAUACAUAGAAGAUGAAAACGAUUCAGAAAAGGAAUUUGAAUCUGAGAAAUCAGAUGUAAUGUAUGAUACUAUUGCUGAAACUCAGAAUUACAUUGUGGAUAAGAAAGAAAGAAAGAAGUUGUCUUCUAAAAGAUAUAUAGAAGAAGAAUUAUACAAUGCAAAUCAUUGA